UGCAUCCCGAUUCUCUCCUCCCACGCCUCGGUGAGGACGGCGUGUUCCUCUCUGACAGUGAUCCUUUGGGUCCCCCACGUCCACGCGGUGUGGGCCUGCGUGCGGUCCUGCCCUGCCAACUGCGUGUGCACCCAGGAGCGGAGCUGCUCCGUCCUCUGCGAUCGUGCCGGUCUGGGCCAGAUCCCCAGCGAGUUCCCUUGCGAAGCCUCCUCUAUCAACCUGGACAAAAACAGCAUCAAGUUCCUCUCCGAGAGGGCCUUCGGGAGCUUGCCUUCCCUCAAAUCCCUGUCGCUCAACCACAACAAUAUCUCCUUCAUCACCCCGGGGGCUUUCAAGGGGCUGCCCAGCUUGACCGAGCUGAAGAUGGCUCACAAUGAGUACAUUCGCUAUCUCCACACACGGACUUUCACUGCCCUCAGACGGCUGGUCAAGCUGGACCUGGCAGAUUGCAACCUUUUCAACAUCCCAGACAGGAUCUUCAUCGAGCUGCCUGCUCUGCAGCAGCUCUUCUGCUUCCAGAACAACUUUCGGAGGAUCCCAGGUGCCAUCAGGGGCAUGGAGAACCUGACCCAUGUUUACCUGGAGAGAAACAGGAUUGAAGCGGUAGCCUAUAACUCCCUGCAGGGCCUGACCAAGCUGAAAUACCUGAAUCUGCAGGACAACAGGAUAAAUGUUGUUCAUGAGAGAGCUUUUCAGGGUUGCCAGAAGAUGGAGUACCUGUACCUGAACGACAAUUUGAUCAGCGAGCUUCCAGAAAACUCCUUCGAUGGCCUGAGGUGCCUGAAGAUGCUCAACCUGGGGGGAAAUUUCCUCAGGAAUGUUUCCAACACCUGGUUCAGGGACCUGGGGGAGCUGGAGGUCCUCUACCUGGACCGCAACAGGAUCAACUACAUUGAGGAAGGGGCUUUUGAAAACCUCACCAGCCUGGUCGCGUUGCACUUGAACAGCAACAACCUGACGACACUGCCCUUUUCUGUCUUCCAGCCGGUGUACUUCCUGGGGCGGCUGUACCUCUUCCGCAACCCCUGGGAGUGCGACUGCCGCAUCGAGUGGCUGAAGGAGUGGAUGGAGAACUACAGGCUCGUGAGGGAUAUUCCCUGUGCCUCCCCCUCCUCAGUAGCUGGAAUUGAUCUGAUGGACGUGCUCUACGAGAGGUCACCAGAAGGUUACUGUCUUGACCCUGUGGAGCUAAAUGUCACGUCCGAAGGCCCGACCCCAAGCGAAGAGCCUUGGUCUACCACGGAGAGCAAGUUCAACAGCCUUAUCUCUAAACUCCUGCUCCAGAUGGGCCUUCCCGAAGAGGUGGCAAACACCACUGAAGUCUUCGGUAACACCACACAGCUGGAUGGUCUGACUGAUGAGGUUUCUUCUGGGGUGGGGGUAGACAGUAUUGAAGCUGCCUCCUCUUUUUACCUCCCAGCACUUUUUACAGUGGUUGUUUUGCAGAUCAAAUAGUCCAAGGGCUGCCUGGAGUAUGGGUCCUGCUUAAGCAUUUAGUCCCUGGACCUACCCAGUCAUUAGGGAAAAGUUUGCUUGCAGGCCUUGGAUACAUAUCUGGCUCCAAACUCUCCUGGGCAGGUUGGUUGGAUCUGGUUCAAGGCUGGGUCCCACUCUGGGUGAGAAACCUGCCCUGUGGGGUCUCAGAGCCUCCUGGACGCUCGCAGAGCUGUGUGGAAGAUAAGCAAUGAAAAGUAUAGCAAUAAGGUUGAGUUUCGCUUAGAGACAUGUGAUGUCCCCUGCUGGGAGCCAAGGGAAGAGGGGUCUGUACGGAUGAUGGUGUGGUGCUGUUUAUUCCCUUGGGCCAACCCCAGCUGACCCAACCAUCGACUUUAUGAGAGCGAGACAAGGCAGCAAAACCAGACCCUCUCUUCCUAUCCCGACAGACACCCACACCCACGGUGGGUGCUGCUGAAGGCUGGCGAGCUAUUCCUGAUUUCCACCAGCAUGUGUGGGGGGAUCAGGGCUGCCCUGGGCAGCAUCCAUGGAUGCAGCAUGAGCCCUUGUGAAGAGGAGAACAGCAUCUGGGGAGGGUGCCUGCCCCAGGUGGGUCUGGGACGGGCGCAGUGUUUUGGCCAUGACCACGGACAGGAUUUUGAUCCUUUGUCCCCCUGCUAUCCUGGUGUGGGUGCGGGAGAACCAGGCGGACACACGUUUGUCAAAACAUUCUUCUCUGAGGCAAGGCUAUUUAAGCUUAGCAGCUUACUUGUUAACGUUGUUUCAAUGUGGUUUUAUUUUUCAAUGAAUAUGUUGUUUCAAGGAAUAUAUUGUCUUUAGUUGUAGGUUAUGUCAUGGCAUGACAGCAGGGGCAGAACAUGGUCAUGACAAAUGCAACCAGGCCCUACUAAAUAUCUUAUAUUUCCACCGC